CCCGGGCCGGGGCCGCCAUGGCGGCUGUGUUCGAUAUCGACCUGGAGACCGAAGAGGGCAGCGAGGGCGACGGCGAGCCGGAGCUCAGCCCCGCGGAUGUUGAUGUGGAACUGAGGACCGCCGGUUUGGAGCCUGUGGGGCACUUUGAAGAGGUGGAAUUGUCAGAGACCUGUGUGAACCCUGGACCUGAACGCAUCGGCCCCCACUCUUUUGAGCUCCUCCGAGUCCUGGGCAAAGGGGGCUAUGGCAAGGUAUUCCAGGUCCGGAAGGUACAAGGCACCAAUGCGGGAAAAAUAUUCGCCAUGAAAGUGUUGAGAAAAGCGAAAAUUAUGCGCAACGCUAAGGACACAGCCCACACGCGGGCCGAACGGAGCAUCCUGGAGGCCGUGAGGCACCCCUUCAUUGUGGAGCUGGUGUAUGCCUUCCAGACUGGCGGCAAGCUCUAUCUCAUUCUGGAGUGCCUCAGUGGAGGAGAGCUUUUCAUGCAGCUGGAGCGUGAGGGCAUCUUCAUGGAGGACACAGCCUGUUUCUACCUGGGGGAGAUCACACUGGCCCUGGGCCACCUCCACUCCCAAGGCAUCAUCUAUCGGGACCUUAAGCCUGAAAAUAUCAUGUUGAGCAGCCAAGGCCACAUCAAGUUGACAGACUUUGGCCUGUGUAAGGAGUCUAUCCACGAAGGCUCGGUCACUCACACAUUCUGCGGCACCAUUGAGUACAUGGCCCCUGAGAUCCUCACACGCAGUGGCCACAACCGGGCAGUGGACUGGUGGAGCCUGGGAGCCCUGAUGUAUGACAUGCUCACAGGAACGCCGCCCUUCACUGCAGAGAAUCGAAAGAAAACGAUUGACAAGAUCCUCAGGGCGAAACUGGCGCUGCCACCCUACCUCACUCCAGAUGCUCGGGACCUUCUCAAGAAGUUUUUGAAGAGAAACCCCAGCCAGCGACUUGGGGGUGGACCUGGGGAUGCCGCGGACGUGCAGAAACACCCUUUCUUCCGCCAUAUCAAUUGGGAAGAUCUGUUGGCCCGACAAGUAGAACCCCCCUUCCGGCCUUGCUUGCAGUCUGAAGAGGACGUAAGCCAGUUUGACACACGCUUCACAAAGCAGACGCCCGUGGACAGCCCUGAUGACACGGCCCUCAGUGAAAGCGCCAACCAGGUUUUCUUGGGCUUCACCUACGUGGCCCCCUCUGUCCUGGAGGGCAUCAAGGAAGGCUUCUCGUUCCAGCCCAAGCUGCGGUCCCCUCGCCGCCUCAACAGCAGUCCUCGGACCCCCAUCAGCCCCCUGAAAUUCUCACCCUUUGAAGGGUUCCGACCCAGUGCCAGCCCAGCAGAGUCCACGGAGCUGCCCCCACCCCCACCUCCCGUCAGCUCAGCCCCUCUUCCCAUCCGGACGCCCACUGGCAAGAAAGCCAAGAAGGGUCGGGGCCGUUCUGGACGCUAGAGAGGGGACGAUGUGGGCUGUCCAUGGUGUCCCUUUGCCUCCCUUGAACUCUCAACCCAAAUCGCCCCUUUACCUCUUGGAAGAAGGAUUUCUUGGCAUUGGCCUGGAAGUGCUGUAGGCCCCUUGGGCCAGGCUGAGCAAAGUGCCCUUGGGGCCUGGGGGGAGGGCACCUUUUGCACAGAAUCAUGGAAACUGACUGCUACAGGGAGUACCAGGCUGCAGCCUCAGGGAGCAGUGAGUGCUCACCUCCCAGGCCCUCAGCUGCUUGUGCUGUGUCUUUUAGGAGAUUAAAUAUUUGAAUUAUGGCACUA